AUGAAGAAUUCAAGAAGUUCCAUUGCUCUUCUUCUCUUUUUCAUGUUUCUCUCCAUGUCAUUUGCUUAUCCAGCCAAGAAGAAACAGUACAAACCAUGUAAACAGUUGGUCCUUUUCUUCCAUGAUGUUGUUUACAAUGGUCACAAUGCUGCCAAUGCUACUUCUUCCAUGGUAGCUGCCCGGGACGGGGUAAACUUAACCAACUUAGGUGACCAAUUCCAUUUUGGAAGCAUGGUGAUCUUCGAUGAUCCGAUCACUCUUGACAAUAAUUUCCACUCAACCCCUGUUGGACGAGCUCAGGGCAUGUACUUCUACGACACAAAAAACACUUACACUGCGUGGUUAGGAUUUUCGUUUGUUUUUAACUCCACGGACCACCAAGGAAGCAUAAACUUCAUAGGGGCUGAUCCACUGAUGAAUAAGACUAGGGAUAUUUCUGUGGUGGGUGGCACUGGUGAUUUUUUCAUGCACCGGGGAAUCGCGACUCUAAUGACUGAUUCAUUUGAAGGCGAAGUGUAUUUCAGGCUCCGUGUUGAUAUCAAGUUUUAUGAAUGUUGGUAA